UAUUCCUGAUUUGGAAAAGAGCUCCAAACCCAGAGACAACGCAGAAGACCAGCAUGCAUCAGCCUUCAUUCUGGAGGGAAAGGCCCCAGUCGAGUCCAGCAGGGGGGGUGGAGGAGGCAUGGAGGCUAGAUCCCACAGUCCUGCCUCUCUGCCUCUGACCCACGCAGAGAGCCCUGCACCCUGGCAUAGCGAGAGUCUGCUGGUGGAGUCCUGGUCCACGAUGGGCGACGUGGACCCCGAGGACACCAAGAGCCUCGACAGCAACGACGGGCCCGUUUUGGCCGGAGACGAGAACCACUCCUCCAACUCGGACAUGGUCCACCUGGAGCGGGAGGAGGCGGAGAUGCUUGAGGAAACAGAAAGAGAGGGCGAGGAGGGCGAGGAGGACGAGGAGGACGAAGAGCUGCAGGCGAACGUGUUGAGCGUGCUCGGUGUGGAGAGGGAGCUGGCCGAGCCGGACCUCCAAGCUCCGGAAACGAAGGCUCUCCUGGUGUCCGAGGAGAACCCUCACGUGGAAAGCAAGCCGGCAGAGUUCAGGCACGUGGUGCCCCCGAUGGCCCUGCCUCUGCUGCCUAUUGUCAAACUGGAUCCCCCCUCCGCCACAUCCACGCCGGUCCCCUCAACCGCAGCCUACGAAGCCGACGAGCACUAUUCCACUCAGGGUCUUCACCCUCCGUCUAUCCUGUCACCAAAGGCUCCAGAGCUUCCAGACGAGAGCCCUGAAGCCAAAUUCUCACAGAUCCCCCUUCAGGAUGACGGAGAACAUUCAGUUAAAGCAGCACUGAAGAGGCUGGAACCACAGCCCGGUGCACCUAAGACCAAAUCUCUGAGCUCCUCCGAGCUGCUGUUUGGAGUCGCUGCUUUAGUGGCCGUCGUGGGAGUCGUGGCCUAUGGCGCUAUAGUCUACUGCAAAAAGUAGAAAACCAUAUCUACCAUCCAUAUCUUUACAGUAUCUUUACAUAU